CAUCCACGCACUACUUUCAGGCGCUGUUUGAUUUAUCCAGGAAUCGAUCGUCCAAAUAAUGCUGUGAUUGCGAUGGAAAAACGCGGGAUGUAAAAUAAAAAUAGCGUUAAUAUUGUUACAGGAAACAUCGACAGGUUUGCGCGCCUGCAGUGCUGGAUUUUAAACGCGUUUUGAAGGAUAUAAUCUUCAUUUUGAGGCUCGUGUUCGUGUACAGUUUGUUUGUUAGCGUGCUAGUUUAUCUAGUGGUUAAAUGAGUCUAGUUUUCAGCACCAGCUCGAGGACAGCACGCGCUGACAGACAUGUGUGUUUACUGUAGUAAAGCGGUGUAAAGGCGUGUUUGUCCGGGGAUUGGAGCGGAAUGGCACCGCGGUGGAUCGUCAUUUUCGUGGCUGUAACGUUACUGUGCGUCUUGCAGGUGUAUGUGUGUCGUGAGGUGACUCUUCCUGCCGGGCCGCUAUACCGGGUUGCAGGUUUCUCGCUGUCUCUACCCUGCGCCGUUUCUGCAUACGAAGGCCCGCGGACGCAGGAUUUUGAGUGGUAUCUGUACCGCGAGGAUGCUGGAGGACGACAGAUUGGUGUGGUGUCCACCCGAGACACCGGGUUUCCAUACGCACCGUUCCAGAGCCGUGUGCAGUCCGGGGAGGUUCGGGUGGAGAGAGACUCUGGAGAUAAAGCCAGACUGAUUAUCCAAAGGCUCCGAGCGGAUGAUCAGGGCCGAUACGAGUGUUACACACCCAGCACAGACACUCGCUUUCUGGGGAACUACAGCUCGUCUGUCACGGUCAAAGUGAUUCCAGACACUCUUCAGAUAACACACUCUCGUAUUCUGAGCGGUCAGCCUGUGAUUGAAGGCACGGAGCUGCAGCUGACCUGUGCGGCGUCUGUUCAGUCUCAGCAGCACACACACGUGUCGGUAACGUUCGGCGUUCGCAGCAGCAGAGAAACCGAAUCUCAGGGCCACAACCUGCGUGAGAUCAUCAGCAUCGACCGCGAGCUGCGCGUGACUCCGGGCCACAGCGGAGGAUUCGCCAAACGCCACCGAGACGGAGAGAUCACUCUGGAGAAGCGCAAGGGGGACAGAGGACAAGAUCUGUACACGCUGAAGAUUAGCGCUCUCACACCAGAGGAUUCUGGGUCGUAUUUCUGGGAGGCUGCGCAGUGGAUUCGAGAUCCUGAUGGAAAAUGGGAACGAAUCGCAUUGAGGACCAUGGAGCUCGGGAAUCUCACCGUUCAACCACUUGCGGACUCCCUGACGGUGCGCUCUGUGCCUGAGGGUGUGGUGUCUCUGCAGCCGGGCGCUCCUCUGUCCCUCAGCUGUGUGGUUUCGGGUUUGGGCUCAUGGAACCGCUCUGCACUGCUCGUGCAGUGGAUGCGGCGAGGCCUGGCGGGUGGUGUGGAGGUGGAGCUAGCGCGGGUCGGGCCUGACGGGGUGGUGCUGUGGGGUGAUGAUGCCAGCCGGGCGGGCGGAGGCAGCAUGGAGCGUGAGGCUGACGGGAAAUUCUCUCUGCGUCUGUUCUCCGUUCACCCUGCAGACGCCGGACUCUACCGCUGCGCCGUGAGUGUGUACGCCGGACGGAAAACACCUGGACCGGCCAGCCCCGCUACUGUAACCCAGAGGUCAGAUUGGGUCACCGUUAGCCUGAAGACUGAAGAGGUUCGCGUGUCUGCUGUUAUUGAUCUCCCGCGCCGGCCGCUCCUGAAGCGCGGCAGCACCGUCUCCAUCUUCUGCAACGUCUCCGUCUGGUCCCGCACUCCCGCACAGGUGGCGCUGGAGUGGCGUCACACACCUGAGGAUCCGCUCCAGAAGGACAGAUCAGUUUCUGUGGACAGUAAAGGACGAGUUCUCGCGGUGCUGACCCGCGAUGGCCUGACGCGCAUCUACAGUAACGGCAGCGAUCUGAGUGUGGAGCGAGUGUCAGAGAUCUGCUACCGGCUGCGGGUUUUCUCUGCCGAUCAGCCGGAUCAGGGACUCUAUCAGUGUGAGGCGCAGGUUUGGGCUCAGGAUCCUCGUGGCGGAUGGUACGACACCGGAGUGAGAGCCGAGUCGACCACCGCACGCCUGUAUCUAUACGCACGAGUCACGGAUCUGCUGCUCAUCCCGCUGGUGGUCGGCGUUUCGUCUGCACUAUUUGUGGGAGUUUUAAUAAUCGCGACGGUGACCUGCUGCUUCAUGAAGAGACUGGCUAGACAGCGCUCACGUGUGCGGAAAUAACACACACACACACACACCAGACUCUAAAAAUUCAGUGACUUGAACAGAUGAAGAAAUCGGGUGUAACACAGGUAUUUGUGCAUUAUAGAUAUGAAUGAUGGUUAUGCCGUACGUGGACGGCAGCAGAUGCAUCAACACAGACACAUGUAGGUUCACUCAAGCUGUGAUUAUAGUGAUUUGCACUGUUUCUGCUCUCUAAUGUUAAUGAAAUGGGAUAAAAACCACUCUCACAGGGUUUAAUACAGAUAAAUCCUCAGACUUCCAGCACUGACAUCACUGUCUGUCAUUUAUAUCAGUUCCCAGUGGUGUAAAUGUGCAUGUAAUUCAGUGUGAGAUGAACAAAAUGCUCGUUGCUAUGAAAUAUUUUUAUGGCACUUUCUGCCAUUUGGAUUUUCACGUUUCCCACUCUUUUGUGCUCUGACUGAAAAACUGCCUGUGUUUUAUUUGUCACAGUGACGUGUUUUUGUAGUUACUUCUUGAGUCUUACAUUGUGAAAGAUAAAUUUCACAAAGAAAUGGCCUCAUCGUGUUUUAUCCCCAAAUCUCAAGACACAAAAUAUGCAUUUCAUUUUAUUUUUGGUUUAUUCUAUUUUAGUUUAUUUUUAUUAUUUUUUUAAAUAGAAAAUGUGGAUAAUAUUUUAUUUUAAGGAAAAUAAUAAUGAUGUUGCUAUUAUUAUUAUUAUUAUUAUUUAAUACUAGAAAAAUAUAGUGAUGAUAUCAUUAAUAAUUAUAAUAAUUAUCAUUAUUAUUUAAUAAAAGAAAAAUAUGAUAAUGAUGAUGAAAAUAAUAACAAUAUUAAUAAUUAUUUAUGUUACCAUUUGUUAUUUUGGAUAAGUUGCUUGAUAUUUUUAAGGAAGCUGUCCUUAAUAAUAGUUGUUGUUGUUGUUAGUAUUAUUAUUAUUAUUUAAUAUAAAAAUUAUGACAAAUAUUAUUAAUAAUAAUAAUUGUUAUUAUUAUUAUUUAUAUAUUAUUGUUAUUUUGGAUACUUUGCUUGAUUUUUUUUAAGGAGGCUAUUCUAAAUAAUAAUUGUUGUUGUUGGUAUUAUUAUUAUUAUUUAAUAUAAAAAAUAUGAUAAUAAUGACGAAAAUAUUAAUAAUAAUAAUAAUUAUUAUAAUAAUAAUUGUUGUUAUUAUUAUUGAUAUAAUAUUAUUGUUAUUUUGAAUACUUUGCUUGAUAUUUUUAAACAAACUGUCCUAAAUAAUAGUUAUUAUUAUUAUCAUUAUUUAAUUUUAGAAAAAUAUGAUGAUGAUGAUGAUAAUAAUGAUUAUUAUUAUUAUUAUUAUUAUUAUUAUUAUUACUAUUAUUUAAUAUAAAAAUAGGAUGAAAACAAUAAUAUUAAUAAUAUAAUAUCAAUAAUAAUAAUAUUUUGGUCCAUUAUUAGCUUAUUAUUUUUGUUAUAAAACAGAUAUAAGAUUUUCUAUUUAAUUUCUAAUGCAUCCUACCAAUAGAUUUAUUCCUAAAUCUAACACAAACACACACACACACACACACACACACUUUGUAUGUUUGCAUAAUAUUUUCACUCGGAUCAAGCAAAUCUACAGCCCAGAUGCCAAUUUUCUAUUUUUCACGUGUGAAAUUUGUCCAGUCUGGAUAUUUGUGAAUUUUUUUAAUAUACUUUAUGGUACAUUUCAAAUGAUUGUCAUGAAUUCAGUGCAGCAGAUUCAGCGUUUACAGCAAAUGUAAUGCUAAAAGUCCUACAUUAUUUUUGUAAUUAAAAGGUACAACAGUUAAAAACAUGUCUAGUUUUUUAGCAUUAGAGUAAUUAGUCAUUUUAAAAUAUUUGUAAUAUUAUUUUAGAGUGAAAUAGGCCCCGGACUGUAUUAUUUUUGUCUUUUUUUUUGUUUGUGAAAUUCAUUUGAACACAAUAAAUAUAAGAGCAAA